UUACUUUACCAUGAAGAAGCUCCCAGUUUUAACCCCAGUAAUCGAACCGGUUAAUAGUUUCAGCAAUUGUCUCUUCUGUCUGCUGAUACGGUGCACAUUUCCGUGUCGCCGAGCCUGGCUCUAUGAAUUGCGGCUGCCGAGUCCAAAGAGUGAAUGCCAAACUUAGACACAGAAAUGCCAACGCCCAUGCUGAGGGAACUGGAGGCAUCAAAAUACAAAGUAAAACAUGUCCCGAUGAAUGUGUGGGUGUGGAGGUGAUAGAACAGGGAGAGAGCGACAGGAACGGAAAAAGAACAAAUCGAUAGACGGAGAGAGGACGCGUCACCACGGCGAAUCCAUAAAAUAAACGGCCUAACAGCCGCAGAUUAAACGAGUUCCUCAGCGGCCACUUCAGUCGGGAGUGUGUCUUCAGUCUUAGCGGGGCAAAUGCUACGUUUAGCGAGAAAAUGUGUGCUCAGCGACGCGGCGUGCGUAGCGGAGGAAAACAAGAAGAGGUACGAGGAGCUCUUCGCGAAGCUGGACACCAACCGAGAUGGGAAGGUGGACAUCAACGAGCUGCGAGAGGGCCUGCAGAAGAUGGGCAUGGCAGUGGGCCCGGAUGCGGAAAAGAAAAUUGUUUCAGCCGGUGACAGCAAUAAGGAUGGACAAUUGGACUUUGAAGAAUUUUCAGAGUAUCUUAAGGAUCAUGAGAAGAAACUGAUGUUGACCUUCAAGAGCCUGGACAGAAAUAAUGAUGGGACCAUUGAUGCUUCUGAAAUUAAAGAGUCUCUUGCUAAAUUAGGAGUCUCCAUAACAGAAGAGAGCGCACAAAAGAUUUUGAAAAGUAUUGAUGCUGAUGGGACCCUGAGUGUUGACUGGAAUGAAUGGCGGGAGCACUUUCUCUUUAACCCAGCCACAGACAUUCAAGAGAUUAUCCGAUUCUGGAAGCAUUCAACUGUUCUAGAUAUUGGAGACAGCCUAACCAUUCCUGAUGAAUUCACAGAAGAGGAAAAGAAGACAGGAAUGUGGUGGAAGCAGCUUGUGGCUGGAGGGAUGGCAGGAGCUGUUUCAAGAACUGGGACUGCCCCUCUUGAUCGAAUUAAAGUCUUUAUGCAGGUGCAUGCAUCAAAAUCUAAUAAAAUGAGCAUAUCCAGUGGCCUCAAACAAAUGGUUAAAGAAGGUGGAGUAACAUCACUGUGGCGUGGUAAUGGAGUUAAUGUUAUUAAGAUUGCUCCUGAGACUGCCAUUAAAUUUUGGGCUUAUGAACAGUACAAAAAGCUGAUUACAUCAGGUGAUGGAAAGAUCAAGCCCCAUGAGAGGUUUAUUGCUGGUUCCCUAGCUGGGGCCACUGCACAAACUAUUAUUUAUCCCAUGGAGGUCAUGAAGACUAGAUUAACUCUCAGGAAAACUGGCCAGUAUUCAGGCAUGUUUGACUGUGCUAAAAAGAUUCUGAGGAGAGAGGGUGUAAAAGCCUUUUAUAAAGGCUACAUUCCCAACAUUUUGGGCAUUAUACCUUAUGCAGGCAUCGAUCUGGCAAUUUAUGAGGGAUUGAAGAAUAAAUGGCUGACACAUUAUGCUAAAGAUUCGGCAAAUCCUGGUGUUUUAGUUCUUCUGGGUUGUGGUACUGUUUCUAGCACUUGUGGCCAGCUUGCCAGUUAUCCCCUUGCUUUGAUCAGAACUCGUAUGCAAGCACAAGCAUCCGUAGAAGGAGCACCUCAACUUUCCAUGGUCAGCCUCACAAAGAAAAUCAUAGUAAAGGACGGCUUUUUUGGACUUUACCGAGGAAUAGCUCCCAAUUUUCUGAAGGUUAUUCCUGCAGUAAGCAUUAGCUAUGUCGUGUAUGAAUACAUGAAGACUGGUUUGGGGAUUUCAAAAUAAAGCCAAAGAGUACUGUAGUUUACAAUCAACAAACAGACAGGCACUUGCAGGAAGAUCAGCAGAAUGUUGGUUUUUAUGUCUAAAAUAAUUCGUUUAUUUUGUGCCAUUGAUUAUUUUGAAAGACAGUUGACAUCUUGGCAAGCUGACUUAUUUUUUUACAGAAGUAAACUGUUUUUAGGUUAUAAUCAUAAAACAAUACCUCGGUGCUGUGCUAGACACUCUGUAAAGAGCUCGGGUAUAUAUUUUAUAUGUUAUUUUUUUAUACCAUUUAUGUGAACUUGACUAUGCUUAGGUUUGUUAUCAGUUUCAGGUUUGAUUUCUAUAGCGUGGCACUAUAUGAACUUACAGUAACAGCAUCUCUAGCUUUCAGUCCUCACAGUGCAUGCUUGUGCUCUUUUCCUUUAUUUCUUAAUUAAUCACACUAUUUGUUUAAUUAAAAUGACAGUUUUUGGGAUUCAGACAUGUCCCCUGUCCUAUUUCUGAGCCAGCAGCAUUGGCUGCAGAGUAGGCCCAAACCUCAGCCGUUACAGACGCCCUCAUAAGCAAAACUCACUUGCUCAAACUGAAUUUCCAGUUGCCCAAACACACACAAAAGAAACAACACGAGGAUACUAGGAAAACGAAACCAAAUCCACACAAAUGGUCACAAAUACAAAAGUGGGUCUUUACAGGUGUGGGCUGCUGUGCUACUGUACUGUCCGUUACUCUUCAUCGACUUUGACAGCCCACCGUUUUGAGCCAGCGACUCUGACCAGAAGUUUAAGGCAAAUAAACCUGUUGAGUGAUCGAUAGAAAGCUGGCCUUGAAGUAAGAAAGAAAAAUCUUUAUUUAUUAGCCAACCUUUACUCUAUAUAGUGCCAUCUCGGAUACCUAGGACAAUUUAUAUAUAUAUAUAUUAGAAAAAGUGCAAGUAGUUUAGGGAUUGGACAACCAGCCUUGUGGUUUUUGGUUCAGUGCUUUCUAAAAGAAGUUGAUGUUGGGCUUGACCAGAACCUGGACUGGGAAAUGCUUCUGUAAAAUCAUCCUUGGCCCGCUUUUAAGUGUCUGCAUACUUCAAAAACACUGGAAAAAAGUAACUCUUUAUUGUCUAAUGGAGAUUAUGAAGGCUUUCGUAAAGUGCCACGCACAUUAACUUCGGGCUGUGUAUGUGAACAAGUGACUGGAAUGGCUGUUCUAUGUUUUUUGGUUACUAAACAACAACAAUAUUAGAAAAGAGUUAUUCUUGCAGAAAUCUGUGAAGUAGGAUUGCUUUUUUGUGUGACGUUUUUCAUUUUAGACAUUAUUUUGUAAAUUUUCCUCAACUCCUGCAAAAUACUGAAGAAUGGUAUUUUAUUCAGUGAAAUUUGAGAUAGCUGUACCAUCAAGUUAAGGGUUGUAGAAAGAAUACGUUAUCAAAAUUCACCAUACUUUGGUGUUUUCUCUGCCUGCCUUUUAGGUCUGCAUUGUUUUAAUAGUCCUCUAUUAAUUAUGAAUCCUAAUACAAUGGAGGACGGCACAUAUAAAAUCUGUUCUAUUAGUGUGUGCCUGUGCAUCUUCUGAGGGCUUCACUGUUUAUACUGUGUGUGUGUGUGUUUAUGGAUAGAUGUAUAAAACUUAGAGUUUCCAUUACGUCUUGCAUACUCAGUUUGUUGCUAAACUCAGGAUAAAUAUGCCAAAAAUAUGUAUGCUGCAUGUAUUUUUAAUUUUUAUCAAAUUCUAUUUGGGAAGACACUGAAAAAACAUGAAUCAAAUGAACUGCUGUGGAGUUGGAUACUGAGAAUCAAAUGUAAGUAACAAUUGUAAUGAUAUCCAUGUAGCCUGAGACCUGCUAUACACAACAGUUGCCUUAAUGUUUUCCAUCCUAGUUAAACACAUUUUACACCACACCAAAGAUUUGCCUUUUCUUGAGGUGACAAUAAGGGUGCCUCACUUCAGAUUUCUAGUAGUACUUCACAUUUUUAUAAUCUAUCAGCAUAAAUCUUUGAUGUCUGUCCACAAUUCAGUUUAGUUUUUAUUUUUUUUGGUGAAACUGUAUUCAGUGCUAAGCACACUGUUAAAAACACAACACAAAAUGACCUAUCUACCUACCACAAAAAUACAUACAUACUGU